UCGUCGGCAUGCGAAAAGCCAGAUUCGCGCACGCGCUUUACGGAGCACCGACCUCUCCCGGUUUAGCCGCCGGAAGCCUAGGCCCUCGGGUGGACGCUACGCGUCGUAUACCGCAUCCGAUUCUAUCCGGGACCGGUUCCGGGUCGCCCUCGCCCGAUUACGCCAAUCGCGAGUAGAUUUACAACUUAACCCGACCGAUAAGAAUUUACCGGUACGUUUUUACCAUAGUUCAGUACAGUUGACGGGAGUUUAAAAAAAUCCAUUAAAAUAUUUGAUAAUUUUAUUCCGCUCUCCGAUUUCAUAUUACUCGCGGAUUUCGACGUUAAACCGGUGAUAUUACGAUUUCAUACGUCCCGUCUUUAAGGAGAUAUAGAAAAAACGUGUACAAUUCUUGUACGAUGUUAAAAAAUGAACCGUUACUUCGACAGCGUCGUUUACGACUAAAUUUAACGAACGAGAGAGAUGCAUCAGGUACGGAAAAAGCUCUAGAAUUUAUUUUCCUUACAUUUACGAUUUACGUAUCCGUUGUCGUAAGAAUUUGUCUUUCCACUUUUUACCUCGAGACUACAAAUAUUCGAGUACGAAGUAACCGGUUUCGACUUAUUUCUACUUAACAAGUAGUUAAAUAAUUAAGAGAUUAGGGAAUUAGGGACAAAAUAAAACCCUGCCGAAAGAGCCGGAUUAUUUAAACAAAAGCUUAACCGUACCAAUCACUAGCCGAGUACGGUGGGGACUGAAUUCUUGGUAAUGUUAGAUGUAAUAAAGAAAGAAAUUUUUUUAGUUUAAUGAGAGUGACCGAAAAGUAAAUUUUGGAAAUUUUUGUGGACACCACCCGGUCCUAGAACGAAUUAGUUAAAAACAAACGACGGACCAUUUAUUAAGUUUAACGUAUUUAGAUUUUUACAGCUAUGGCGAGAAACGUUUAAAAUUUACAACCCUGUCGCGUUCUUUGAAGUAUACUAGCGAUGCGACGAAAGAGGUAUUUGACAUUGACCGGUAUCGGCACCCCGGGGAUUUGGUGUACACCUACACCUAAUAAAUAACAACUUCUCCAGUGACGGGAGUUGAACCUCGAUUCCCGUUUGGAUCCGUGUUCUCGUCCAAGGAAAUCUCUAUCGGCCGAUUGCAAAGUCAACGUUCAGAGACCGACGGCGGUUUACAUUUCGGGUAGACCGCUGUUCAGAAAAAGUUCAUUGCAGAGGCGGCGUUUCUCGCCCGCCAUAAUGUAGACAGCGAUUAGAAACAAGUUACUCGACCUGUUUUCUAGAUCAGUGUUUCUCAACCUCUGACGAAUCGCCGCCCUUUCGAUGUAGUAUCGCCCCCUUCAGUAAAACCGUUACGUAGUAUCGCCCCAUUCACUACAAAAUUCCGAUGCCGAGGGACAAUCGAGGCUAACGCCAAAUUCGUACCGCAUAUUUUUCCAGGCAAAUUUAAAGGGUUUUUCUGCUCGGGCGGUCGAAUCCAGCGUACGUCGUUGGGGGAAUUUAUGGCGGAUGAAAUUUCUUUUUUCAGAACUUGCGAAAUUGACGAGGAGAAACGGCGACACUCUGUCGGAGGCGGUGGCGGCGUCGGCGAAGAAGGCGGUGGAAAAGGGACCGUUGAAAAACGUCAAAGCCACGUUGGAGUUUCGAGUGGAAGAGGAAGUGGUGUACUGUUCGGUGGACAACGGGUCGGUGGAAAUAAGAGAAGCCGAAGACGAAGUCGGGAGCGACGUGGUCGUCUCCGUGUCCCGGGAGGAUCUGCAGGAUUUGCUGUCCGGGAAGAUCUCGCCCGUCGACGCGUAUCGACAGGGAAAAGUAAACGUCUCCGGAGAUUGGAAAUUAUUAAGUAAAAUCUUUUAAACACGCGGGCCGGAAAUAAUGGUAUUAAUCGGUAAAUUAAGUACAGUAAUAUUUAUUAUUUAUAAGUCGGUUCGAACGUAGUUAUUAACAAAUAGGUAGGUAAACAAACUUUACCGGGUAUUUUCGUGUAAAAAUUGGCCAACCCUCCCUCCGGCUAAACGGGCUUUAAAAAUUCUAUUCGGUUCAUUAACUUUGCCGACUUAAAAUGUAUCUCUUUUUUGUAAAGUCAAUAAACAUUUUAUUAAAACGU